UCCAUCUUCUGACUUUUCAAAGUUGAAGUUCCUUGGAAUGCAAAUGGAGAGAUGGUGGGAUUUUCUUGUUUCUUUCAUCCUACUUUCGCCACUCGUUAUCCUCCUCCUGCAUCGCCGCCGCAAAACCUCCGGCAAUGGCCGUCUUCCUCCAGGGCCUCCGGGAUGGCCAAUACUCGGCAACUUGUUCGAUCUAGGAUCAGAACCACAUAAAACUCUGGCCCAACUAAGACACAAGUACGGUCAAGUUAUAUGGUUAAGACUCGGUGUCCGAAACACCAUGGUCAUCCUCUCGGCGAAAUCCGCAGCCGAAUUCUUCAAGAACCACGACCUCUCAUUUGCUGAACGCACAGUCACCGAAAACAGCCGAGUCCACGACUACCACAAGAGCUCCUUGGCACUAGCCCCUUACGGCACGUUUUGGCGAGUCUUGAGGCGGCUGAUGACUGUGGAAAUGCUGGUGACAAAGCGCAUCAAUGACUCGGCGUCGGUUCGCCGGAAGUGCGUGGACGACAUGUUGUUUUGGAUCGAAGAUGAAGCGAGUAAGCUUAGAGAAAGUGAAGGGGUUCAUGUGGCUCGCUUUGUGUUUCUCAUGACGUUCAAUCUUCUUGGAAACCUCAUGCUUUCCAAGGAUUUGUUGGAUCCCAAAUCGAAUAAAGGAUCCGAAUUUUUCAAGGCGAUGACGAGCCUCAUGGAGUGGAAUGGACAUGCGAACCUUGCCGAUUUCUUUCCUUGUUUGCGGAGGUUGGAUCCUCAGGGACUGAGGAAAAAUAUGGAGAGAGAUCUCGGUAAAGCCCUCGAAAUUGCCUCCAAGUUUAUCGAGGAGCGGAUAAACGAGCGGGAAUCGCGUAAGGAAAAGAGAAAAGAUUUCCUCGAAGUGUUGCUUGAGUUCGAAGGGAAUGGAAAAGAUGAGCCCGACAGAAUUUCGGGUCGGGAUCUCAACAUUUUCGUGCUCGAAAUCUUUUUGGCCGGUUCUGAAACAACCAGCAGCGCUGUGGAAUGGGCAUUGACCGAACUUCUAUGCAACCCGGAAUCGAUGAACAAGGCCAAGGCCGAACUAGCCCAAGUUGUGCGCCCAGACAGAAAGGUUGAGGAGAGCGACAUUGAAAAUCUGCCUUACUUGCAGGCUGUAGUUAAAGAAACACUGCGAUUGCAUCCUACAAUUCCAUUUCUAAUUCCUCGGAAAGCAAUGCGAGACACCAAUUUCAUGGGCUACUUUAUACCCAAAAACACACAGGUUUUUGUGAAUGCAUGUGCAAUUGGUAGAGACCCGGAUGUGUGGGUCGACCCGCUGUGUUUCAAGCCCGAGAGGUUCUUAGACUCAAAGAUCGAUUACAAGGGACAACAUUUUGAACUGAUUCCAUUUGGAGCUGGUAGAAGAAUGUGUGCUGGUGUGCCACUCGCUCAUCGAAUUCUUCACCUUGUUUUGGGGUCUUUGCUUCACCAUUUUGAUUGGGAGCUCGAUGGGAGUGUGACUCCAGAAACUAUGGAUAUGAAGGACAUCUUGGGGAUUACAUCCAGAAAGCUUAAGCCACUACAUGCAGUGCCUAGAAAGUGCACAUAGCAAGUAUAGCAUGUAUACAGUCUGAAAUAUAUAUUCCAAUCAAUUGAAUAUGAAUGUGUUUAUGUUUACUUUUUUAUGUUUGUUUAUAGCUAAAUAAAUGUAGAGGAAUUCAUAGAUGGAUUCCAAACACUUUUAAAGAAGA